GGCAGGGAGGACUGGGCAGGCUCAAUGCUGAAAUGCUACCGUCGGUGUCGGUCUAGGGUUUUGCAGUAACUUCAAAAUAAAAACCUUUCUCCUUGCUUCUGUCGAGCUCGAUCUCCAUCGCCACCGGCUUCUCAGCUUCACCCCGAGCGACGCUCGAACGCGCCUACUCCACUUCAUCUUCUUCUCCAGCGGCGACCAGCCAAACCACCUUUCGCUCACAGCCAGGUCAAAAUGGCCGCCGCUGGUAACGUUCCGACCGGUUUGGACAAGGAACAGAUUUUUGGCAUGGCAGAGAAGGAAAUGGAAUACCGGGUGGAACUUUUUAACAAGCUUACUAACACAUGCUUUAACAAGUGCGUCGAGAAAAAGUAUAAGGAAUCAGAGCUAAAUAUGGGUGAAAAUAGUUGCAUUGAUCGAUGUGUUUCAAAGUACUGGCAGGUGAAUAGUCUAAUAGGCCAGUUGCUUGGAUCUGGUCGUCCGCCAAUGUAGAAUUUGCUGGUGCAGCUGCACGGUGUCAUCCUAGAUUAGAUGCCCAGUUGGAUUUUUGAGGAAAGCCGGGAACUGAUAUUGAAUACCGAUAGUCCUUUUUCCUGUAUGGCUUUUGAGUUUAUGAGGUCCUCUGCUUAUUGUUUUGGUUGCACUUUGUCGCAGCAGCAGUCCUGAAUGCUCGCUGUCCACAGUUCUUGGGAAGACUUGUAUUCUUAAUAAAUAGCAGCGUUAAUUUCGAUUGAAUUGAAUUCUGGGAAGUGGUUCUUACUAAAGAGCAAAGCACGAUCAGACGACCUGGCUGUUGAAUA